GAGUAAACAACAAGAAGAAGUACCACCGCUACUACUGCUGCCGCUCGCGUUCGAGCAGCUCCAGCAGCCACGGCCUCCCACACGCGCCGCGCCUACGAUGAGCGACAAUGACGACAUCGAAGUGGAGUCGGAUGCGGACAAGCGUGCCCACCACAAUGCCCUGGAGCGCAAGCGGAGAGACCACAUCAAGGACAGCUUCCACAGCCUCAGGGACUCGGUGCCCUCGCUGCAGGGAGAGAAGGUUUGCUCGCACGCAGGAUCGCUUGGGGGCCGCCGGUCGGGGGGGGUCGGCAGUCAGGCGUCCCGUGCGCAAAUCCUCAACAAAGCAACGGAGUACAUCCAGUACAUGAGACGGAAAAACCACGCCCACCAGCAGGACAUCGACGACCUCAAGAGACAGAACAACCUCCUUGAGCAGCAGGUUUCUCAGUUCCCCAAGAAGCUCCCAGCACGUGGAGUGAAACGUCGGACAUCGUGCCAAACAAUGCACGGAGCAACCCAAACACGUAUCGGAGAGAAGGUGCGCGUGCUUGAGAAGGUGAAGGCCUCGCAGUCGACCACGUUCCCGGCCUCCUCCGCAACCGGCGACGGCGCGCGCUUCACCAACUCCAAGGGCGGCACCGUCUCCGCCUUUGACGGCGGCUCCGGCUCCAGCUCCGAGUCCGAGGGGGAGGUGCCGCAGGCCGCCACCGCCUGAGCCCCGAGCGACCCCCCCCGACCUCCGCGACCUCCGCGACCGACCCACCACCGCGACCACUCGCUGCCGCCGGGCAAGCAUCAUCCUGACGCGGCGUCUCUGCGUCGGGGGUUGCCCCGCGGCCGCCAGUCCCGAAGCCCCGACGAUCGCUUUUUUUUUGCCUCCGGCACGGCGGCACCCGCUCCCUCUACCCGUCGACCCGCGCUGGACCAAUGCGGGCCGGGUCCGGUCGGUUGGUUUGGCGGUCAGAGCGAUUCGGUUUUGCACGCGUGGACGACGGCCGUCGGGAUUCGUGCGACGUUAACGCAGACGCCCGACGCCCGCUGUAAAAGCGGUCCCGCUAUUCAGAACGCCGCGAAUGUGGGGGGUGAACGAUACCUGCGACUUGACCCUCCUUGCGUUCCUACAUUUACGCAGGUCUGCCUUACGAAGGAGUACACGACCCCUCAUGCCCCUUUUUCACCGACACGUCCAAGCGGAGGCAGCACAGAGCCAAUCACCGUACGGUGGAUUUCCACCGGCUGCUUAUCAAGCCAAGCCAGAACCAAACUCUGCUACACUGCCUCUCAUGAACCAUCUGAAUCUGGCUCAGGACUGGGCAGGGCUAGGGGCUAAUGACACAUUCAAUGCAUCUAACAUCAAGCCUAAAUUUGAUUAAUUGCAAGUUUGUAUGUGAGAGUGUGUAUCUACGUGUUGUAUGGGGAGCAGUAGUGUAGUGGUUGGCGCGAUGUGCUAUGAACCUGGCGACCAAAGUUCGAUGCCCGCUCACGGCCAACACCAGUGACAAUUAUCU